CAUCUUAGGGCCAUUAUUUCUUGUCCUGUUGCUGCUGCCUGGAAGCAGGGAAAGACACUGAGGCCCUGGAGCGUGGCCAGAGAAGGGCAACAAAGCUGUGAGGGGUCCAAAGCGCCAGUCUUAUUGAAAGCGACUGAAGGAACCGGGAUUGUUCACUCCGGAGAAAGGAGGCUCAGGGGAGACCCUGUCCAUCUUUACAACUGUCUGAAAGGAGGUUGUGGUGAAGAGGUUUGGCCUCUUCUCCUGGGCAGCAGCUACGAGAUGAGAGGGAACGGCCUCAAGCUGCGCCAGCAGAGGUUCAGAUUGAGUAUUGGGAAAAAAUGUCUCUGUUCAGAGUGGUGACGCAGUGGCACAGGCUGCCCUGGGAGGUGGUGGAGUCACCGCUCCUGGAGGUGUUCAGGAAACAUGGGGAUGUGGCACUGAGGGCAAUAGUCAGUGGGCCACGGUUAGUGGGCAUGGUGGGGAUGCGUUGAUGGUUGGACAAGGUGAACUCGGUGGUCUUUCCAACCUUGAUGAUUCUGUGAAAUAAGGAGCAGUUGGAAGGGGGAGCUUUGCAAAGGUGAGGUAUUCCUCCAGGCUGAUUUUCUUAUCUUGGGAUGACCACACAAGACCGGCUGAAUUACAACAGGCAAACUUAGUAGGGGAGAGACAUCUCAUAAACUAUGCCUGCGCACCAAGGAGUCAUCUUGCUGUCAUUUGCACAGGGGGAGAGUGAGACCUCCUGAAGCCCCUCUGAACCACCAACCCAUUUCCAGAGUAUUCUAAGAAUCGAACAGCACUUGCACAGGAAUAGGGCCAUACUUUGAUCACAACAUUAGAUGGGGCCUGACAACCACCCAAGACCCAGACCCAUUUCUGGAACAUUAUGAAUAACUGAGUUUGUACUCAGGGAGAACAUAAUGCAAAGGCAUCAUAGCUCAUUGCUAAUAGGGCAUUUCUUAUCUAGUACCAAUAACCAUUUUUCCCAGGCAAACUUGAAGCUUCUCUUUCUUUGAGUAAAAGUGUUAACCGAUUGCUUAGUGUCAUUUCACCUUAAUUUACCUGAUAGAAUCUUGAACUUUGUGACCUUUGUACACUACCCAGGGCAGUCUGGAGUCAGGUUGUGACAGAUGUAUGCCUGCAGCUGCUGCUGGGUGCCAGCUGGGUGAGACCCCAUGUCAGGGCUUCCUUCUUGUGGGCACCUGAUUAGAAAGCCUCAUUAAUGGCACUCCAUGGGGUCUUUAUGCUAAGCAGGUGCAACAUCAUAAUACUACUUGUGGCUGCUGACAUCGUGGAACCUUCUGUCAACUUCCAGGGUCUCUGGUCAGGGCAAAGUUGGAGCCUGCUACGUUGGUUCCUCUGGUUUCCCUGCUCAGGCUCACAAACCAACAUUUUUAGGAUCAGCUUGCCAAGACUGAGGCAAGACCAAAAAGCAAGGACAGUCAGUGCUUUGCAUUUCUGAGAGAUUUAUGCAGCCCUGCCACUAUGAACUGCUGGAAGUAUUACAUUGAAUGCAUCCUGAGCGACAGGAACAUUGAUGAUGUGGCCAUUGUGGGCCUCUCUGACAACAAGUGUGUGUGGGCAACCAAGCCAGGAGGGCUGCUGUCGGCUGUCUCACCUUAUGAAGUGGACUUGAUCACAGGCCAGGAUAGGAAAACGUUCCUGAUGACUGGAAUCACCAUCGCAGGGAAGAAAUGCAGUGUGAUUCGUGACAGCCUGCUGGUAGAAGGAGACAACGUGAUGGAUGUCAGAAGUAAAGGUGGUGACAGCAGAUCCAUCUGUAUAGGCAGGACCCCCAAAGCUCUGAUCUUCCUCAUGGGCAACAGAGGAGUCCAUGGAGGAGUCCUCAAUCAGAAGAUCCAUGACAUGAUUGUUGGCAUGACACUAUGAGGCAGGUGGCACCAGAGAGACAGAAAUCUUCCACCAGAAUAUGGUGGCAUUGUCAUAGCUUUAGCAGAGAAAGGAAAUAAGCCUGGUUUUCUUGCAUAUGCCAUUGCCUACUUCUUUCAGGUAGGGGGAUGUUGGGAGAGCAGCAGUAUGGAGACACUCACUCUGC